AUGAUUCACCUAAUAAAACAUAACGUAACAUCUCUCUCUCACUAUCUAUCUAUCUAUCUAUCUAUCUAUCUAUCUAUCUAUCUAUCUAUCUAUCUAAAUUUGAAAUAUUUUAAUCUAUCUAUCUAUCUAUCUAUCUAUCUAUCUAUUUGUUUUCUAUUUAUCUAUCUCAGUUUUUCUAUCUAUCUAUCUGUCUGUUUUCCAUAUCUAUCUAUCUAUCUAACUAUCUAUUUGUUUUUCAUAUUUAUUAUCUACAACUGGCUUUUUUUAUUUAUCUAUCUAUCUUUCUGUUUUCCGAUAUCUAUCUAUCUGUCUGUUUCUAUCCAUAUCUAUCUAUUUAUCUAUCUAACUGUUUUCCAUAUCUAUUUUUCCAUAUUUAUCUAUCUAUCUAUCUAUCUAUUUGUUUUUCCAUUUAUAUAUAUAUAUCUAUCUAUCUUCUGUUUUCCAUAUCUAUCUAUCUAUCUAUCUAUCUAUCUGUUUUUCCAUAUCUAUCUAUCUAUAUCUGUUUUUUCCAUAUCUAUCUAUCUAUCUAUCUAUCUAUCUAUCUAUCUGUUUCCCAUCUAUCUUUCUGUUUAUCUAUCUAUCUAUCUAUCUAUCUAUCUAUCUAUUUUUUUUAUCUAUCUAUCUAUCAACUAUCUAUCUAUCUAUCUUUUGUUCUAUCUAUCUAUCAGUUUUUCGAUAUCUAUCUAUCUGUCUAUCUGUCUGUUUUCCAUCCAUCUAUUUAUCUAUUCAUUUAUCUAUCUAACUAUCUAUCUGUUUUUCCAUAUUUGUUUUUAUCUAUCUAUCUAUCUAUCUUUUUUCCAUAUAUCUUUCUGUUAUAUCUAUCUAUCUUUCUGUUUUCCAUUUUAUCAUAUCUAUCUAUCUAUCUAUCUAUCUAUCUAUCUAUUUAUUUUUCCCAACUAUUUAUCUGUUUUUCCAUAUCUAUCUAUCUCUGUUUUCCAUAUCUAUCUAUUUAUCUAUCUAACUAUCUAUCUUUUUCCAUAUUUAUAUCUAUAUCAUUUUUCCAUAUAUAUAUAUAUCUAUCUUUCUGUUUUUCCAUAUCUAUCUAUCUAUUUUUUCAUAUUCCACAUUUUUUCCCAUAUCUAUCUAUCUAUCUAUCUAUCUUUUUUCGAUAUCUAUCUAUCUGUCUGUUUUCCAUAUCUAUCUAUUUAUCUAUCUAACUAUCUAUCUGUUUUUCCAUAUUUAUUAUCUAUCUAUAUCUGUUUUUUUCCAUAUAUAUAUAUAUCUAUUUUUCCAUAUCUAUUAUCUAUCUAUCUAUCUAUCUUUUUUCCAUAUCUAUAUUAUCUAUCUAUCUAUCUAUCUAUCUAUCUAUCAUCUGUAUCUUAUAUCUAUCUAUCUAUCUAUCUAUUUUCCAUAUCUAUCUUUUGUUUUUUUUUCCAUUUAUCUAUCUGUCAGUUUUCGAUAUCUAUCAUAUCUAUCUAUUUUCUAUCUAACUAUCUAUCUGUUUUUCCAUCUAUCUAUCUAUCUUUUUCCAUAUAUAUAUCUAUAUCUAUCUUUCCAUUUUAUAUCUAUCUAUCUAUCUAUCUAUCUGUUUUCCAUAUCUAUCCAUAUCUAUCUAUCUAUCUAUAUCUGUUUUUCCAUAUCUAUCUAUCUAUCUAUCUAUUCUUUUCUAUCUAUCUAUCUAUCUAUCUAUCUAUUUGUUUUUCCACAACUAUUUAUCUAUCUGUCAGUUUUUCGAUAUCUAUCUAUCUGUCUGUUUUCCAUAUCUAUCUAUUUAUCUAUCUAACUAUCUAUCUGUUUUUCCAUAUUUAUUAUCUAUCUAUAUCUGUUUUUUUCCAUAUAUAUAUAUAUCUAUCUUUCUGUUUUCCAUAUCUAUCUAUCUAUCUAUCUAUCUGUUUUUCCAUAUCUAUCUUUCUGUUUUUCCAUAUCUAUCUAUCUAUCUAUCUAUCUAUCUGUUUUUCCAUAUCUAUCUAUCUAUCUAUCUAUCUAUCUAUCUAUCUAUCUAUCUAUCUAUUUUCUAUCUGUCAUAUCUAUCUUUCUGUUUUCAUUAUCUAUCUAUUUAUCUAUCUAUCUAUCUAUCUAUCUGUUUUUCCAUAUAUAUAUAUCUAUUCAUCUAUCUAUCUAUCUAUCUAUCUAUCUGUUUAUCAUAUCUAUCUUUCAUUUUUUUAUCUAUCUAUCUAUCUAUCUACUAUUUAUCUAUCUAUCUAUUUUAUCAUAUCUAUCUAUCUAUCUAUCUAUCAUUUGUUUUCUAUUUAUCUAUCUGUAUUUAUCUAUCUAUCUGUCUAUUUCCAUAUCUAUCUAUUUAUCUAUCUAACUAUCUAUCUGUUUUUCCAUAUUUAUUAUCUAUCUAUAUCUGUUUUUUUCCAUAUAUAUAUAUAUCUAUCUUUCUGUUUUCCAUAUCUAUCUAUCUAUCUAUCUAUCUAUUUUUUCCAUAUCUAUCUAUCUCUUUAUCUAUCAUAUCUUUUUUUUAUCUAUCUAUCUAUCUGUUUUCAUAUCUAUUUAUCUAUCUGUUUUUCCAUAUCUAUCUAUUCUGUUUUUUCCAUAUCUUUCUGUUUUCCAUAUCUAUCUAUCUAUCUAUCUAUCUGUUUUUCCAUAUCUAUCUUUCUGUUUUUCCAUAUCUAUCUAUCUAUCUAUCUAUCUAUCUGUUUUUCCAUAUCUAUCUAUCUAUCUAUCUAUCUAUCUAUCUAUUUGUUUUUCCACAACUAUUUAUCUAUCUGUCAGUUUUUCGAUAUCUAUCUAUCUGUCUGUUUUCCAUAUCUAUCUAUUUAUCUAUCUAACUAUCUAUCUGUUUUUCCAUAUUUAUUAUCUAUCUAUAUGUUUUUCCAUAUAUAUAUAUAUCUUUUUCCAUAUUUAUCUAUCUGUUUAUCUAUCUAUAUCUGUUUUUUUCCAUAUCUAUCUAUCUAUUUUUCCAUAUCUAUCUUUCUGUUUUCCAUUUAUAUAUCAUCUAUCUAUCUAUCUAUCUGUUUUUCCAUAUCUAUCUAUUUUCUAUCUGUAUCUAUCUGUUUCCAUCUAUCUAUCUAUAUCUGUUUUUUCCAUAUAUAUAUCUAUCUAUCUAUCUGUUUUUCCAUCUGUUUUAUCUAUCUUUCUGUUUUUCCAUAUCUAUCUAUCUAUCUAUCUAUCUAUCUAUCUAUCUAUCUAUCUAUCUAUCUAUCUAUCUAUCUAUCUAUUUGUUUUUCCACAACUAUUUAUCUAUCUGUCAGUUUUUCGAUAUCUAUCUAUCUGUCUGUUUUCCAUAUCUAUCUAUUUAUCUAUCUAACUAUCUAUCUGUUUUUCCAUAUUUAUUAUCUAUCUAUAUCUGUUUUUUUCCAUAUAUAUAUAUAUCUAUCUUUCUGUUUUCCAUAUCUAUCUAUCUAUCUAUUUUUUUCCAUAUCUAUCUUUUGUUUUUUCCUAUCUAUCUAUCUAUCUAUCUAUUUUUCUAUAUCUAUCUAUCUAUCUAUCUAUCUAUUUGUUUUUCCACAACUAUUUUUUCCAUAUCUAUGUCUGUUUUCCAUAUCUAUCAUUUAUCUAUCUAACUAUCUAUCUAUCUGUCUCUGUUUUUCCAUAUAUAUAUCUAUCUUUCUGUUUUCCAUAUCUAUCUAUCUAUCUAUCUAUCUAUUUUUCCAUAUCUAUCUUUCUGUUUUUCCAUAUCUAUCUAUCUAUCUAUCUAUCUAUCUGUUUUUCCAUAUCUAUCUAUCUAUAUCUAUCUAUCUAUCUAUCUAUCUAUCUAUUUGUUUUUUCCAUUUAUCUAUCUGUCAGUUUUUUCUAUCUAUCUAUCUGUUUUUCCAUAUCUAUCUAUUUAUCUAUCUAUCUAUCUAUCUGUUUUCCAUAUUUAUUAUCUAUCUAUAUCUGUUUUUUUCCAUAUAUAUAUAUAUCUAUCUUUCUGUUUUCCAUAUCUAUCUAUCUAUCUAUCUAUCUAUCUGUUUUUCCAUAUCUAUCUUUCUGUUUUUCCAUAUCUAUCUAUCUAUCUAUCUAUCUAUCUAUCUGUUUUCUAUUCAUCUAUCUAUCUAUCUAUCUAUUUGUUUUUCCACAACUAUUUAUCUAUCUGUCAGUUUUUCGAUAUCUAUCUAUCUGUCUGUUUUCCAUAUCUAUCUAUUUAUCUAUCUAUCUGUUUUCCAUAUCUAUCUUUCUGUUUUUCCAUAUAUAUAUCUAUCUCAUCUAUCUAUCUAUCUAUCUAUCUGUUUUUUUUUUCUGUUUAUCAUAUCUAUCUAUCUAUCUAUCUAUCUAUCUAUCUAUCUAUCUAUCUAUUUAUCUCAUCUAUCUAUCGCUUUUAAUAUGACAGCAUUUUCUGAAGAAAUGGAAGUCCGCAUGGGAACAGGGCGGCUACGGAAGCGAUACAAUUUUUUUUUCGGCUGGAAACGCACAAGUGAGAACGACUCGUAUUCCGUAGCUGAAUUUGUUAAUCCACCGACCAUGAAAUAUCAAAGCAAAUAUGGAAUGUUGGUUCAAGUCUUAGGACACCGAGAUUAUGACCCUUGCAAUAAUCUAAGUAGAAGUUUUUCCAAAUUGUUACAUCUAUCUAUCUAUCUAUCUAUCUAUCUAUCUAUCUAUCUAUCUAUCUAUUGCUAA